CUAAAUUGCCACGAGUCUGUUUUGUGUAUGCUACCCGACGCUAGGAAGGGGUGCCCCCCGAUCCUUGCUUUUGCUUAUUGCAAUAAGCUUGGUGAAGGUAAAAUUGUUUGUUUUUUUGAUUAUCGCUUGUUUUUUGUUGGUUUAUUUUAUCGCUGUAAACUCUCUGCUGUGUGUCAGGAUCACCUAAACUCCAACUCAGAAUAA